CACGCUUGCGUGGGUCCUGGAGAAGCAAAACGGGACGAGCCCGAGAGGCGGCGCGCAUGCGCUCUGACUGAAGUAGCGACCAAAGGGAGCGGGAUCAGGUUAAGGUGAAAGCGCGCGCACGAAGAUAAGGGACGAGGCCGGCGCUCGCGCGUCGUUUCCUAUUCCUUCUCCGAGCGGGUGAGGGUAAUGCGUCUGCGCAGGUUUGGGAAGACGACCACCGCGGGGGAAGGGAAUCGCGGCGCCUGCGCACUGCAACAGCUCCUCUCGCGAGGACGGACGCCAUUAUCGCAUCUCCCCGACAAACACCACGAGAAUUCCGCAGCCCACACGGUUAUUAAAAGCUGACCAGCUCUUCCCAUUUGGAAUUUAUAUUUGGCUGCUGUGAUAAUUGAACCUUACUGCAUGAUUCUGGAUGAUGUCAGAACAGGAUUUGGCCGAUGUGGUCCAGAUUGCUGUGGAAGACUUGAAUCCUGAUCACCCAGGGUUGGUGGCUGUUUUUCCAGUGGACAGUUCGGAACGGGGGUGGUGCCGUCACCACCAGGAAGGAGAUGGCGGUGGAGUUUGUGUCGCUCGUGCUAAAACCUAUCAAUAUGGGCUUCGGAUGGGCCCAGUUGUGUUAGAGAAUCAUGAAGUCACAGAUGAAGAAGUAGAGCCUCCUUUGAAACGCCAGCGAAUAGAAAUCAACUGCCAGGAUCCCUCAAUAAAGUCAUUCCUGUAUUCCAUUAAUCAGACAAUAUGCUUACGGUUGGAUAGCAUUGAGGCCAAACUGCAAGCCCUGGAAGCCACGUGCAAAUCGUUAGAGGAGAAACUGGACCUGGUCAUGAACAAGCAGCACAGCCCCAUCCAGGUGCCCAUGGUGGCCGGCUCUCCCCUCGGCGCCACGCAGACGUGCAAUAAAGUGCGAUGCGUCGUCCCCCAGACUACAGUAAUACUGAAUGAUCGACAGAACUCCAUUGUAGCCAAGCUGGUUGGGCAAGAAGAACCUUUGAGCAGGGCAGCGGAUUCCCUGGAAAAUAUCCUUAGCAAUGCUGUUCCUGCACGUAGGCAAAACACCAUAGUGGUGAAGGUUCCAGGCCAUGAAGAUAGUCACAAUGAAGACGGGGAGAGUGGAUCAGAGGCCAGUGACUCUGUUUCCAAUAGUGGACAGUCAGGAAGCCAGAACAUUGGAAACAAUGUUACUUUGAUUACAUUGAAUUCGGAAGAGGACUACCCUAACGGCACUUGGCUUGGUGAUGAGAAUAAUCCUGAAAUGAGGGUUCGAUGCGCGAUCAUCCCUGCUGACAUGCUGCACAUUAGCACCAAUUGUCGAACAGCAGAGAAGAUGGCGCUAACAUUACUUGAUUAUCUUUUCCAUCGGGAAGUUCAGGCUGUCUCCAACCUCUCUGGGCAGGGAAAACAUGGGAAAAAACAGCUUGAUCCCCUCACCAUCUAUGGAAUUCGUUGUCACCUUUUUUAUAAAUUUGGAAUCACAGAAUCUGACUGGUAUCGAAUCAAGCAGAGUAUUGACUCCAAGUGUAGGACAGCCUGGCGGCGAAAACAAAGAGGGCAGAGUCUUGCAGUCAAAAGCUUCUCCAGGCGGACACCUUCUUCAUCAUCUUAUAGUGGCUCAGAGAGUGUUCAGAGCACAGCAUCGGCUUCUAAUGAGAUCCAGCAACCCCAGCCUCAGGCAUUGCAUUACACACUUGCCAAUGCCCAGCAGGUCCAGAUCCACCAAAUUGGCGAAGAUGGGCAAGUACAAGUAAUUCCACAGGGACAUCUCCACAUAGCUCAAGUGCCCCAGGGGGAUCAAGUCCAGAUAACACAAGACAGUGAGGGCAAUCUACAGAUUCAUCAUGUUGGACAAGAUGGGCAGGUAGUGUUACAAGGUGCUCAGUUGAUAGCACUAGCCUCUGCUGAUCCAGCUGCCGCGGGAGUCGAUGGUUCAUCUCUCCAGGGAAGUGAUAUCCAGGUCCAGUAUGUCCAGCUGGCGCCGGUGACUGACCACUCAGCCGCGAAUCAACAUCUCCAACAAGUGCUCAGCCAGCUUCAGCUUGGAUACUUUAGGGCAGUGAACUCACCGCCUGACGAGCAGAUCCAUUUCAUUUGGAGCACGGAUGCCCUUCAGUCCACUAUCCAGCCAGAAAUGCAGAUUGAGCAUGGCGCCAUCCAGAUCCAGUGAGGCAGAAAUGGGGACCCAGGUGCUGCGGAUCCGACUAUGCUGAUUGGUCGUGGCUUCCAUCCAGAGACCUAAGGGGAAAAUGAUCGCCAGCCAAUAAGGCUGGCGAUCCCCUGUACGUGAUCAUUGUUCUGAAGCCAUGUUGUCCUCAUGGUUUAAUGCAUGGGAGGUCAAUAUAUAUAUACACACACACAUAUAUAUAUAUAUUCUGUUAGAGUGCACUUACAGACAGCGAAAUCCUCCUCCAAGGACAAAAAAAAUUCUCCUGCAAAAUCAAAAGUUCAAAAAUAAAUUAACAUCCCCCACCAGCAGCCCUUCCCAUUUCUUCCGAGUCAUAUACUGUUUGGGAGUCUAGAGAAAUAUGGAAGCAAGCUUGGAGCAGAUACUUUACUACAUAUAGAAAAAUCAAGAACUAAAAUAUUUUUCAUUGUUUAAAUGGCUUUUUUUAAUUUGCUAUGGUGUUUAUAACAAAAAGAAAAAAAAAAUUGGAAAAAAAAAUGAGUGUAAGUAUCCGAGGCCUUUGGCUAAGUGUUUUCUGUUCAGUGUAAUGAAAUAGGUAUUUGAAAAAAAGACUACUAACAAUUUUGAUGGAAUUGUUGCUUAAACUACUUUUCUAGGAGAAAAUGCUAUUGAACUGUAAUUAUGCAUUUCUAAUGAAAUAAAUGUGUAUUUAUGAGCA